UACCUGUACUCUUAAAAGUAAAAAGUUUAUUUAGCGAGAAAAAGAAUAUCUGAUUUUAUUCCUCAGAAAUCAAGUAUAUCUAUUCUUUUAUUUAUUGUCCAUUGCCAUUACAUUAUUAUUCAGAUUCCAGGCUUAAGCAUUCAGACGACCGCAUUGAUAACAAUUCGAAGGAGCUAACUCACUCACUUCCAUCCAUCUUUUCCAAUGUUUUUUUAGUUUCCCAAGAUUUGAUAUCUCCUUUCCCAAGAUUCAAUCCGAUCACAUUGUGCUAGUUGGGCUUUUCACAUCAAGAUCAACAAAAAACUGCACGAUGGGUGAUGUAGCCAAGGACUUAACUGCUGGCACUGUGGGAGGGGCUUCCCAGUUGAUAUGUGGGCAUCCAUUUGAUACCAUUAAGGUGAAACUCCAAAGCCAGCCAGUUCCAUUACCUGGCCAGGCUCCUAAGUUUUCUGGAGCAAUAGAUGCCGUCAAACAGACAAUAGCAAAAGAAGGCACUGGUGGGCUGUUCAAGGGCAUGGGUGCCCCACUUGCCACUGUUGCAGCCUUAAAUGCCAUACUCUUCACAGCUAGAGGCCAAAUGGAAGCACUUCUGAGGUCUGAACCGGGUUCUCCACUUACGAUUAACCAGCAAAUCAUUUGUGGAGCUGGUGCUGGAGUUGCUGUUGCCUUUCCAGCCUGCCCGACUGAGUUAAUCAAAUGCAGAUUGCAAGCUCAGAGUGCAAUGGCAGAAGUUGGCUCUGGUGUUGUUAAGUAUUCGGGGCCACUUGAUGUUGCAAGGCAUGUGUACCAAACCGCAGGUGCUAGGGGUCUCUUUCGCGGAUUAGUUCCUACAAUGGCACGUGAAGUUCCAGGAAAUGCUGCCAUGUUUGGAGUCUAUGAAGGUCUUAAGCAAUAUCUUGCCGGUGGGCUAGACACAUCGAAAUUAGGAAGAGGAUCAUUGAUGUUAGCUGGGGGCUUGGCUGGAGGUUCCUUCUGGAUAUUUGUGUACCCAACUGAUGUGGUGAAAAGUGCAAUCCAGGUUGAUGACUUCAAGAACCCAAAAUAUUCUGGCUCGAUCGAUGCUUUUAGAAAGAUCUUGGCAGCUGAAGGAGUCAAAGGUCUGUACAAGGGUUUUACACCUGCAAUGGCCAGAAGUGUUCCUGCAAAUGCAGCAUGCUUCUUGGCAUAUGAGAUGGCAAGGUCAAGUUUAGGGUGAUUUCUUCUUGGCAUACUUACUUUCAAUAGACCUUCAUUUCUCUCUCUUUCUUUCCUGGUUCUAAUUUAGCUAUACCAUAUAGUUCUCGCGGCUUCUUUUUCUUUGCCAUUUUCUUAUAAAAUCAUGAGAUUGACAUUCCAUCUUUUUGAAACUUCAUUUCUGGCUUGAAGAUUAUAAAGGAAGCACACAACUUGCAUUUUCAUGUCAA